GAGAGCAGUAUGAAUUUCCAGGCCAGAAGAGUCACGCUGCCUGCCAUCACACCACUUUGCUUGCAGAAGCGGGUGAUCAAAGUGUACAGUGAGGACAACAGCAGUCGAGCUGUGGAGGUCCCCAGUGACAUCACUGCCCGUGAUAUCUGCCAGCUGUUCAUUCUGAAGAACCACUGCAUCGACGACCACAGCUGGACGUUGAUUGAGCACCUCGCUCACUUGGGAAUCGAGAGAAUAAUAGAAGAUCAUGAGUCAGUCCUGGAGGUGCAGUCGAACUGGGGCAUGGACUCUGACAGCCGCCUGUAUUUCAGGAAAAAUUAUGCCAAAUACGAAUUCUUCAAAAAACCUCUGGAUUUUUUUCCAGAGAACAUGGUGUCUAUAUCAAACGAAACCAAUGGCCUCAUGAACCACUCCCAGCUCAUCCAGACCUUUCUUAACUCCAGCACGUGUCCAGAAAUCCAUGGCUUUCUCUACUCAAAAGAUCAAGGCAGGAAGUCAUGGAAGAAGUUCUACUUUGUGUUAAGAAGAUCUGGGCUCUACUUUUCUAAUAAGGGCACAUCAAAGGAACCCAGGCAUCUGCAGUUCGUUGCUGAGUUCUGUGACAGUGAUGUCUACACUUUACUGUCAGCCAGAAAGACCCACGGCGCGCCCACAGAUUACGCGUUCUGUGUAAAGCCCAGUAAAUCAAGCUCAGCUCGGGACCUAAAGCUGCUGUGUGCUGAUGUUGAGCAGACCAGAACCUGCUGGAUCACGGCCAUGCGCCUGUUCAAGUUCGGGAUGCAGCUGUACCAAAACUUCAUCCAACCACAUCAAAAGCAGAAAAGCUCUCCAAUGAGAAGCAUCUCGGAAAACUCUCUGGUGGCCAUGGAUUUCUCAGGACAGAGGAGCCGUGUGAUUGAUAACCCGUCGGAGGCUCUUUCGGUAGCUGUGGAGGAGGGUCUGUCAUGGAGGAGGAAGAGCUGUCAUCGACUCAGCCACGGAAGCUGCUCCCCCUCCCAAAGCUCCCUGUCCAACAUAGCAAUCCACAUGGCUCAACCAUGGUUCCACAGCAAGCUAUCUCGAGAUGAAGCUCACAAACUCAUCACCCAGCACGGACUUAUUGAUGGCGUUUUCCUCUUAAGAGACAGCCAAAGCAACCCCAAGACCUUUGUCCUCUCCCUGUGUCACUCACAAAGAAUCAGACACUUUCAGAUCGUCCCUGUUGAGGAUGACGGCGAGCUCUUCUACAGCCUGGAUGAUGGAAACACACGCUUCAGUGAUCUGCUCCAGCUGGUGGAGUUCUACCAGCUGAACCGAGGCGUGUUGCCCUGCAAGCUCAAACACCACUGUGCCCGAACCACCCUGUGAUCUACUCCCACAAAAACCCCUGUCCAACUGCUCAGUGGGCACCUCCAACACCUUCUUUCCUAGUCCCAAAAUCUGUCAGCCUCCACAACCUCAACCACCCUGUAAAUCCCUGGCUAAAUCCCCUAGAGAGGCUCGGUAGUUCUGUUUAACCCCCUGCACACCAUCACACUUCCAUACAGAUUCACAGGGUGACCCUGGACAAAUUGCCAGCGCAGCUCGUGCCUUGGACAGGAAGAGGGAAUCCGGACAGCCUAAAUAAUGGACUCUUCCUGUCUAGUUUCACAGUUCAGCCCAAUGUGAAUUUAGGGUAUUUUUAAUAGUGGGCAUUGGUGUGAGGCGAGAUGAAACAGACUUGAGUAGGUGAAAGGACUUGAUGGGUGCUGUUAGUGCGGGGAGAAUAGUCUGCUUUAAGACUGUUUCACAAUAAACGAGGAGCGAUGCGGUUAUGAGAUAAAGUUUUUGGACGAUGUACUGUAAGGGCCUAAACGUACAAGGAUUGACAGUACAGACCGACGAUCAGAAUUCUAAGCUCUUUCUGAUAUGUGAGGGGCUUAUGGUAGCAAACUGUCAAUCAAAGCUCAGACAAUUUUGUUUCCAUUUUCUGUGAACAGAAAUAACAGACGUUGGUUACAGCCAUAAUUACUCGUGCACAAUAAGCUGAACCUGUUGCUUUUGUCAGCAGGACGAGGGGUUUCAGAGGAUAUGGACACCCUCACCCUUUGUUUGUUUAGGUUUUCUUUUUUCUUUUCUUUUUCUGUUGUAAUCAUGUGAAAAAAACUAACAAAAAAAAAACAAUUCAGGUAUUUUAUAAAAUGUGAUACGUGUAGUUUGUUCGAGAGGUGUGUUUGCUUGAGAGGUAAGUCGUUACUCAGUGCAUGCUAUAAGCCACUUUCUGUCUACAUGCGAUGGCUGUUCUGAUACACACUUUUAUACAGUCUGGGAUUUACCAGAAUUGGGAAUGUACACCCACACAGACACGCACACACAUCACAAACACACACAUACAUGCAGCACGCGUUAACAAUACUGGAUCACACUAGGCAGUGUUGUGGGGCCAGACAUCAUUUUAUAAUGAAAAUACACAUAUGGAGAACAAUGAUAAAAAGUUAAAUUCAAAUUAUUAAACCAAUUCUUUUAAGCUGUUCAUCUAAGUCAGGGUUUUUCAAACUAUUUUUCAAACGACUGACAUUUUGUUCACAAUUUUUACUAGACCCAGGCAACACAAAAAUGCAUCUAAUUCCCUCCACAAGGGGGCGUUCGCAUACACGUUUAUACACAAUUUUGCAUACAGUUCAUUCAUUCAUUUAUUUUCUUAACCGCUUAUCCACUUAGGGUCACGGGGGUGACCGUGCUGGAGCCUAUCCCAGAUUUUCAAUGGGCGCAAGGCACACAGUAACACCCUGGACGGGGCGCCAGUCCAUGGCAGGCCAGACACACAUACACACACACACACACACACCUAUAGGACAAUUCAGUGUCUCCAAUUAACCUGACUGCAUGUUUUUGGACUGUGGGAGGAAACCGGAGCCCCCGGAGGAAACCCACGCAGACACAGGGAGAACAUGCAAACUCUGCACAGAAAGGAUCCGGACCAUCACGCCUGGGGAUCUAACCCUGGACCUUCUUGCUGUGAGGUGACAGUGAUACCCACUGAGCCACCGUGACGCUGCAUACAGUUUAUGUGCCUGUUAAAAUCUGUUUGUUUAAUUAUUAUUAUUAUUCUCAGCGACCCAUGCUUUCAGCCCGACCCCAGGGUUUGAAAAAUCCUGAUUUAAGUGAUGCUUAUCUGACCCCCCCCCCCCCACACACACACACACACACAAACACACAGAACUUACUCUAUCAUAUACCUUAAAUAUAAAUAGCUAGCAUAAAUGAUGUAUGCAUAAAUAAAUGGGCAAAUCUACCUAGCUUUAGUGCAAGAAAAAAUCCCUAAAAUACCAAGAAGUUCAAUAAUAUUCCAAAUCUUGGCACUCCUGCAUAAUCCGGAUUUUAUUGGCUAUUGCUCAAUUUGAAAAAUGUCAGUGAUGUUUAAUGUGCAAUGGCGGGACUGUCACACACUUCAUGUUCAUAGCUAUAGUAACAUAAGCAAGCUAAUAACCUGUUGCACUAUCCUAUCAUUGCACUGGUUGAUUGUAUCAGCUCUAGAGACAAGUUUGUUCUGUUGAUUUUGAAUAGUAGAAACCUACGACGGUGUAUUAGGGCCACUGUAAAAAAAACAUUUUUAUGUUUUGAUUUCAAGAAUAAAGUCGAAUAAGUUUCGAUUUCGAGAUUAAAAUCAAAAUAUUAUAAGAAUAAAGUCGAAAUAUUAUGGCCAAAGAGCUUGAGCUUGCAGCUUUCGUGCACUUGUCAGUUCAGAGUGUUAUUGUGGUUAUCCAAUAACCUGCGAUUAUUUUUUGGUGGUUGUUUGAAUUGUACGCUCCCAUCCAUAUGACAUGAUGACUAAACCCGUCAAUGCAAUCAUUUAUAGCGAUGCCAUACGGCUUUAGUUUAUCGUACGAGUCCAUAAGGCUCGGUUGCAGUACUGCUGACGACGCAGACGCCGAGCGCACCGGUGAUGCACGUUCUUCUAAAUAAACCCAGUUUAUCGCAAAGCCAUUUCAUCGUCCUUAUACUAAUAACAAACUGGUGCUGAUGUGCAGGAGACUGAGGAUUUCUUUAUUUGUGAAACCGAUAUGAAAGUAUAACUUUACCAGAUCAUGAACAUCCCUCAUUUAACACAAGGAGGUUGCUAUGACCAUAAUAUUUCCACUUUAAUCUCGUAAUUAUUUCGACUUUAAUGUAAACAGACUUGAAAUCGAAACUUAUACGAAUUUAUUCUCAAAAUAAUUUCGACUUUAUUCUCAAAAUCGAAACUUAUACGACUUUAUACUCAAAAUCGAAUCUUACAAAUAUUUUUUCUUUCACAUGGCCCUAAUACACUCGUAGAAACCAGUUCAUUAGGAAUGGAGACAUUUAUUCGAUGGCAGUGGUAGCUCAGCAAUUACGAUUCUAGACUAUUAUUUAAGGUUGGUUGCUGGUUCUGAGCCUACAACUGCCAAUCUGCCACUGCUGGGUUCUUGAGCAAAGCCCUCAACCCUUAACUGUUUGCUAAAAUGCCUUACAUGUACGAGCAAAAUAACACUACAAGCAUAACAGUGUUGGAAAUUAAAAUAAAUAAGUCUGUAAAAAUGAUGCUCAAGAACAGACCUGCCACGUAAUUUAUUUGACUUUACGACUGUUUAACUGCUCUGCUGCGCUUUCAUGAGUGACAGUACAAAGCUUAGUUCACUUUUAAAUAGUACUGUCUACUAUUUCAUGAAAUCUUUUGUCCGUUUCCAGUAAGCAUCACAUUUAUUUUGGUUGUAUUGCCUUAUUUCAGCUUAAUUAAGAAACACUGCAUUGGAUUGCUGAAGUACUACGAACCCACAAUCCCAAAGCCGCACCCAGCAAUCGAGGACGUCACUGUAACCAUAGAAUUGCAGAUAUUUUUGCACAGAAUUAAAGUGACUCCAGUCACAUUCCAAACAGCUUUACUCCCUCAAACCUCACUUUACUUACUAGCUAGAUUUGCAGGCUGAAUAGGGUAAAAUUUUAACAGAAGAAUAAACUAAAACAUUAGCAUAUAGAUACAAAUAGGAUAUGCAUACAAACUACACUAAAUACUGUAAUAAAACUUUAAAUACAUACAUAAGUUCAAAGUCUUCUACCCUUGCAGUUAUCCAUUUUGCUGAAAUCUCAUUUUCAUGAGGUGAUUAUUAAUCUGCUAACUGGUUUAUUUGGUUAAUGUUAUAUCAGGGAAGUUUAUAUCCAGAACCAGAGCUGCUGAAAAAAUUCACUGUUAAGCUCUGUUAUUAAUGGCAGAGGCCACACACAGCCCCAGUUAUUAACUAUUACCACAUACAGUGUAUAAAUACAGUGUUUUAAAUGUUUUUGUUUUGUGUGUAUCAUGUUCAUUUCACACGACACAUCAUUGUAUGCAGAACUGUUAUAUUAUCUGAAUUUUACUUUGUGAGCUUACAUCAAUGCAUCGGCCUGAAUUCUUGCUGCGGCCUGAAUGUACCAUGUACAUAACAAAUCAUACUAGAUACUGUUACUAAUACAAUUGGUUGGCAGCACAGUGGCCUCACAGCAAAAAGGUCCUGGGUUUGAUUCCCAGGUAAAGCAGGUCCAAAGAUAAGCAAUCAGGUUCAUUGGAGCUACUAAAAUUGCCCUAGAUGUGAGUGUGUGUGCGUGUGUUUACUCUGUGAUGGACUGGUGAUCUGACUGGGGUGUUUCCUACCUUUUGCCCGGUGAAUUGCACCCAUCGUGUCCCGGAAUAGGAUAAAGCAGUGUUAAAACAGACAAUCAAUGAAUUAAUAAAACAAUUUGAAGUGUACCAGUUUCACAAGAUUUAGUAAUGUACCAUUUAAAACACAGCCAACCUAACAGCGAGAUAACAGCGAUACCUUUAUAGGCGUGCUGUUCCCAAUCUAUUAUGUCUGACCUCCCAACCACUUUUAAGCCAAAUGUUGUCACAUUUUCCCCUUCGAGUGUUCUUGUUAAUCAUCUUGUUGAUCAUAUCUAGCCCUGUAAAACUACACCACAAGUGGUUUCUAAUAGAAUGUAAUAAAUUACUUUAUUACAUGUUUAAUAAUUCAUAUGUUGUAUAAAGAUUAAUAUUAUGAAUAUUAUGAAUGCGUGUAAUGAUUCAGGUUAACAGUUUUUCACACCUGACGUGGUAAGUUUGUGCUUUACAGAACAGUAAAGACGACCACUACAAUCGUAGCCUGCCAAUGUGCUGUUUCUUCAGGUCGUGAAAUGUGUGAAAAGCUAUUAGUGAUAAAAACUCACUUCUGACUAACAUGUUGUACUGUAUAAAAUAAAGAACAAUGUACUUGAUGAUAAAUACAUUUGAAUACUGUAACGUUUAAGUAUUUGAGUUAAAAACCAGGAAAAGACUGUCCUUUAUAUCAAAAUGCAUAUACCGGCUGUAAUAUGUUUUUGUGGAAAAGCAAACACACUGCUUGAGUAAUGUUUUGUAAUCUUUAGUAUGCAAAAUGAACUGAACUGAAGUGAAAAGAACAUUUGAAAUUGUUUUAUAUCUCUGGAUAAAAAAGAAUCGGAAAGGUUUUGGUUUGCCAUGGUUAUUGCACUGUAGUCGAAACACUGGUAACUUUUUAUUUCCAAUGCUGAGGGAUUACUGUGACUCUGACAUUCUUUUGGCAAAGUGUAGAUUUAUGACUGCUGCAAUAUUCUCGUGCUUCUGCUCAGAAAUGCUUUGCUUUUUUGAUACCGACUCUGACAGUGUAGUGGAUGUGAAAGGACACUGUUUCUUUAUGUCAACUAUAAAACUGGCUUUGUUCA